GCAGAGGUUGCUCUAUCUGUCAACAGUCCACCGUGCACGGAGAAUGAGCAGAAGUUGUGGAUGAUUUGGGAAUUUGUGGUCGCUUUAUCUUAGCGGCGAUGAUCGGUGUGAUAUGAGGAGUUUUUUCCAAGACGCGUGCGAUGUUAACGGAGCACGAGGAGACGCAGCUAAGCUAAGUUAAAGCUAACGGCUAACAGCUAGGACAGAAGAAACCAUGGCAGAAGCUGGAGCUCAUCUGACCUCCACGUCAGUCAACGAGCAGCCGUCCAUCUUUGAGGUCCUGGCCCAGGAGUCUCUGAUGGAGGCGGUGAGACCGGCACUGAAACACGCUGUCAAGGUUCUCGCCGAGUCCAACCCAUCUCGUUUCGGCUUCCUGUGGCGCCGCUUUGAUGAGCUCUACCUGCUACUGGACCUCCUCCUGCAGAACCAUUUCCUGUCCCACUGCAGCGCCUCCUUCUCCGAGAACUUCUAUGGCCUGAAAAGAGUGACUGGACGGGGGCUUCCUGUCCAUCUUGGGCUGAGCAGGAAGUCCCACUGGCGCUCUCUUCUCCUCCUGUGCCUCGUGCCGUACCUGAAAGCCAAGCUGGAGGUGACGCUGGCACAGCAGAGGGACGAGGAGGACUUCUCCAUCCGGCUGGCGCAGAGCAGGAGUCAGAGGCUUUACCGGGCCGCCGUGGCAGCGUAUCCCUACGUCAGCUCGGCCUGGCAGUCCUGGGUCUUCCUCCAGCAGCUGUUCUUCGUCUUUGGUGUCACCAAGACCCACAGUCCUCUGCUGUGGCUCGCUAGGGUCAAACUAGCACGACUUAAUGCCCGAGAUAUCAGAGACCUGGAGCUGAAGCCGUAUCGAACUGUAAAGCCGUCUGAAGGGGGCCUGCUAAAGAGGGUGUGGUGGAUGAUGUCCCAGGCAGCAAGGGGUGCUGCCCUCUCCCUCUCCACCUCCCUCUCCAUGGGUGUGUUUUUUCUGCAGUUCCUGGAGUGGUGGUACUCCUCAGAAAACCAGAACACUGUGAAAACCCUCACCUCCCUGCCCGCUCCUCCACCACCGCUCCACCUACAGCAGGACCAGAGCGACCAGGACUCUUCAGCCAAUCAGAGGGGAGAUACUCGAUUCGUUCCCAGCAGCACAAACUGUCCGCUUUGCAGAAGGCUUCGAACAAACUCUACGGUGCUGUCCACGUCAGGUUUUGUCUUCUGUUACCGAUGCAUCUACGCGUACGUAAAGGCAAACAGACGCUGCCCCGUUACAGGAUACCCAACUGAACUGCAGCACCUCAUCAAGAUUUACUCACCUGAGAGCUGAGAUUUAGUGUAGACUUAAAACUGUUCAGUAAAGCUGUGGCCUUGAUUGAAAAAAGGGAACCGGCACAGAAGAAGAAAGCUGCUAACUGUGAAGAAAGUAGUUUUUGGGCUAGACACACAGCUUCUCCUUUUAUAUUAAAGCUAAUCUGUUUUCAGUGAUAUAUUUGAUAUAAAUGUGAUGCUGGAAGGAUUGUUUACCCAGUUUCUAAUGAAGUAUGUUGUAAAACUUUGAUAGAUCUACCUCCUGGCAGUUAUAUGCCUCUGUGAGGUUUACAAUCACCAGAUGUGGAAGGACAGCAGAAAGUACAGAAGCUACAGCAUGGUGCAAGCAGUAAAGUAGAGUUAACAGAGACAUACAGCUCUUAUUUUUCAUUUUCUGAUGACAAUCACUCAGUAGUUUUGCUUUUUCCUUGGAUGGCGAAGGCAUGACCUUCCUUCUGCCUCUAAUUGGCUAGGGCUCGUCAGCCAAUCAUCAUAUAUAUUUUUUGUAUAUUUUUUGUAAGUAAUUUAUUGAUCAUUUUGAUUAGAUAGAGGUCCCAUGAAAGUGUGUCAGAUAUGAUACAAUAGGCAUUAAGGGGUUAAAUUUAUAAUCUUAGGAUUUUAUGUCUUUAACCUAGCCUUAAACCUUGCUGCUUUAGUGUGCCUUUAGAGAAAUUAAAUAGGAAAAAAAUCACAAAUUUAAAUUCUGUGCUCAUUUAACAGGCUGAAAAUUCAGUUUUCAAAGCAAAUAAAAAAACACUGAGAACUU